AUGGAGAAAUAUGAGAGCCUAAGCCUGCUUGGUGAGGGCAGCUGUGGAGCAGUGAUGAAAUGUAGGAAUAAAGACAAUGGAAGGAUAGUGGCCAUUAAGAAGUUCCUGGAGAGUGAAGGUGACAAAAUAGUUAAAACAAUUGUCACCCGAGAAAUCAAGCUAUUGAAGAUUAUACACAGAGAUAUAAAGCCAGAGAACAUACUGAUCUCCGAGUCUGGAGUAGUGAAGCUGUGUGACUUUGGAUUUGCUUGCAUGUUGGGAGCCCCCGGGGAAGUGUACACCGAUUAUGUGACAACUCUUUGGUACAGAGCCCCAGAGCUUUUGGUUGGAGACAUAAAGUAUGGCAAGGCCGUUGAUAUAUGGGCUAUUGGUUGUUUGUUGAUUGAAAUGUUCACGGGGAGACCCCUUUUUCCGGGGAAUUCUGACAUCGAUCAACUAUAUCAUAUUGUGAAAUGUUUGGGUAAUUUAAUUCCAAGACAUCAGGAGCUGUUCUAUGAGAACCCAGUCUUUGCCAGUAUGAACUUGCCUGAAGUUGAAGAAGGCAGCUCUCUUGGAAGCCGCUGCCCAAAGCUCCCUCCAGUUGUGAUCGAUAUGGCAAAGAAAUGUUUACAGAUUGAUCCUGACCAAAGGCCCUUCUGUGAUGAGCUCCUGCACCAUGACUUCUUUAACCAAGAUGAAUUUGCUGAGAGGUUUUCUCAGGAGCUAAAAUUAAAGAUACAGAAAGAUGCCAAAGAACUUUCUUCAAUAAAAAUAUCUGAAGUCAGUAAAAAGGAAAAUGAUGAUUCUUCAGGUGAAGAAAGAAAAACACUUGUUAUACAGAAUGUCAAUGCUAAUCCUAAAACUAGGGAUUCUAAAGUGGUCAAAAUGAAGCCACCAAAAGCCGAUAGUGAAAAGAUUGAAAAACCCAGCCAAACCUCUCUUCUUGGCUGUUUCCCAGAUAGUGGAAUGAGUCAGAUCAGAACAGUUUAUCUAGCCACCUUUGGAGUUCCCAACAGCAUCAGUAUGGAUUGCACAAAGAAUCCCAGCAUGGUGAUUCCUACACAGUAUUUCCAGCUUUGCUUGCAGUGUAAAUUCAGGGUGAGGCGUAUUCUAGCAGCUUACACUUACAGGGUAGAUGACAAGUCUAAGAAGAACUAUAUUCCAUUUGUUAAGCUGGGUAGCCAUUAUAAUGCUAACCUGAUCACACUGGUCUCUAAUGAAAAGAACAUUCUACAGGCAAACCAGAAAAGAUGGGAAUUCUCCAAGACAGAGGUUCAUUUGCCUGAACUCAAUUAUAAUCACUUCCCUGAAGUCAGAGGAAUCGAAGGCAUAGGUACCAGGGUCCUCACUGCCAGCACCUCCAGAGGCCGGCUUCCCUCGUGUGGAGCACCCAAACUGAGGAAAGCUGAAGGCCUGCAUCAUGAUUAUACUCCAAAAUCUAGGAUGACAAGCUCCAGGAAUCAGACUAUUGACAUUCUGGGAGAAGAGCAAAAUGUGGAGUAAUAUAUCCCAUUGAAUUGCCUUGUUAUUCCUGGGAGCAACACUGUGAAAAUGAAAGGGGAACAAAAGGACAGUGGUUUUCCGUUGUAUUUAAGACGGAGUCAGCAUUUUCCCACCAUCACGGCAUUACCUCUUCCACCUUGGUAA